AUAUGAGCUGUGAGUCCUACACGUCAUAUCUCCAGUGUAAGGUGAACUUUGCUUUCCAGACAUGCAGCUCAUCCUUCCCUCCUCCCCUUUGUCAUGGUGCAGAGGAAAUCCAGUCUGAAAUCAGCAUCAGUCACUGGGAGCACCUGAACAACCAGGCAACUGUCACAAUAACAAAAGCUGCUCGGCCGGGGAGGUGGCAGUUGGGCGCCAGGGAGUGAGGAAAGGCGAAACGUCGGGCGCACAAUGGACCUGAUGCUGCUGCUGCUGCUGCGGAGAAUGGGAGCGGAGUGAGCGCGCCGGGGAGCUGUCCUUUCAGCACUACCGCCGCUUUCAUUCCUCCUGCUGUUUUUAACGCUUUUCCCCAACAUCGCUGGCAACAUAGGGAAUCCUCGCACAGACAUGGCAAGUGCCUUUAGAAGUUGGACUACUGGAUUCCCUGCCAUUGCCUCUAAACUUCAAGCAGCAGCAGGUCGGUUGAAGCAGACAGUGUGAGGGCUCAACAUGACAGGGAAGAUCCUCGUGGGGUUGUCCGACUCCAGCUUUGAGGAAACAGAGAUCAGCAUCAAUGUUGGGGGUUAUAAGAAGAGACUACGGUAUGACACUCUGCUGAGGUUUCCAGAAACCCGACUUUGCAAGCUCUUAGCCUGUCGCUCCAAGGAAUCCAUCCUGGAACUGUGCGAUGAUUAUGAUGAUACAAAGAAUGAGUUUUACUUCGACAGGAAUCCAGAACUGUUCCCCUACGUGCUGCAUUUCUACAAUACUGGCAAACUCCAUGUCAUGGGGGAGCUCUGCGUCUUCUCUUUCUGCCAAGAGAUUGAGUACUGGGGGAUCAACGAAUUCUUCAUAGACUCCUGCUGUAGCUACAGUUAUCAUGGGAGGAAAGUGGAACCUGAGCAAGACCAGUGGGAAGAGAACAGCGAGAGGGAAAGCACCACGUCUUCCUUUGACGAGAUCUUGGCAUUUUACCAUGAUGCUGCCAAAUUUGACAGGCAACCAUUGGGGACCAUUAGGAGAAGACUUUGGUUGGCUUUAGAUAACCCUGGUUACUCCAUCCUGAGCAGAAUAUUUAGCAUCCUUUCCAUUUUGAUAGUCCUUGGAUCUAUUGUGACCAUGUGCCUCAACAGCUUGCCAGAAUUCCAAGUGGUCAAUGCCAAUGGCAGUCUAGAAGAAGACCCUCGGUUUGAGAUAGUAGAACAUUUUGGGAUAGCUUGGUUCACUCUUGAACUGGUGGUGCGUUUCGCAGUCUCCCCUGACCUAACCCUGUUCUUUAAACACCCACUGAACAUUAUAGACUUCAUAUCUAUAGCCCCAUUUUACAUUACAUUGAUAGUCAAUUUGGUGGUAGAGAGCAGCCCAACUCUUGCCAACCUAGGAAGAGUGGCCCAAGUGCUCAGACUUAUGAGGAUCUUUCGUAUCCUGAAACUUGCCAGACAUUCUACUGGCCUGAGGUCUCUAGGGGCCACUUUAAAGUACAGUUACAGGGAGGUGGGACUGCUGCUGCUCUAUCUGUCUGUUGGGAUUUCAAUAUUUUCAGUUGUUGCGUACACUAUAGAAAAAGAAGAAAAUGAUGGGCUAGCCACCAUUCCAGCCUGCUGGUGGUGGGCCACAGUAAGUAUGACUACAGUAGGGUACGGAGAUGUCGUCCCAGGCACCAUCGCUGGCAAACUAACUGCCUCAGCUUGUAUUUUGGCUGGCAUCUUGGUUGUUGUCCUCCCCAUCACCUUAAUAUUCAAUAAGUUCUCUCAUUUUUACAAAAGGCAAAAACAACUUGAGAAUGCAAUGAGAAGCUGCGAUUUUGGUGAUGGGGUGAAAGAGGUCCCGUCUGUAAACCUAAGGGAUUACUAUGCUCAUAAAGUAAAAUCUCUCAUGGCGAGCCUCACAAAUAUGAGUAAGAGUACUCCAAGCGAACAAAGUCUCACUGACUCCAUUAAUUAGUUUACAUUAAAGGCAGGGUCUCCAGUAUAUUCAGAGGCAUCCAAUCCUGCAAUGAUAACAAUGUGUCUGUCUGUAAAUGUUGCCCCUCACUCUCUAAUUACUUUGUUGGACACAGUUGU